GUUAAUUGUAAAUGAACAAAGUAAACAAAGAGCUCAAGAAGUUGGACAAGGAUCCUCUUGAUUUUGCGACACUGAAUGUUCGUGAGGGAACAAACAUGGUGGAUGCGACUAUUCUGGGUCCUGAAGGUACUCCCUAUGACGGUGGAGCUUUCCACUUGGAGAUCACCAUCCCUUCGAAUUAUCCGCUGGUUCCCCCAUCUAUAAAAUUCGUCACACAUAUCUAUCACCCUCUGGUUGACAAGGAUAAUGGCAAGUUCUGCAACGAGGCGAUCUCGGAGCAGUGGAAGGCCGUGAACAACCUGACCACCGUGAUGAAUAUUGUCUACGAUAUGCUCAAGAACUAUUCGAAUUGUGAAAUGGCUGUCGAUCCCGACAUUGGCAACGAAGUUCACAACAACCUCCCUCAGUUCAUCGCUACGGCCAAGAAGUGGACCGAGCAGUACGCCUGUUCCUUUGUUUCUUUCAACAAACACCUCAUCUGUUUAUGUUUAUUUAUUUUUCUCAGCUAUCCUCUGUUCUUUGAUUUGCUACCGCGUCACCCACUACUCUCUCCACGCCCUACCAUCACCAAGUAA